GUGUAAUUGACGUUUCGCGGGCAUGCGUACGCGUUCGGCGAAAAAUCCGAUUUCCGGCAAACUUUUCGUUUUCGGUUCUGUUGAAGUCUCAAAGAUUGGUUGUUUUUUAAUCAUUUUAAGUAAUUGUCUCGUACCGAACCGUGCAAUAAACGUAAUAUAAAUGCCCGUGCAACGGUGUCGUCGCAUCUAAUGGACCGUGACGGGCUCGAAAUAGCCGAUAAAUAACUCGACUGCCGGCGGUUCGCUAUCGCAAACAUGAAGGGCGUCCGGGAUUGAGGAUAGAGACUUUCGUCCACGACUUUCGAUCACCCACUCGACGGUGCCCAGUUGAUGAAUUCGUCCAGGAGAAAGACUUUCACGGCGCAACGUCCACGUCCCACACGUUCGCCCGUUGUUUAGUAACAAAUCGAAGAUUUCUAUUUAUAAUGGCGGUCGUUUCAUAAUGGUAAAAAUCGUUCAGAGUGUGUUUGUUUAGUGCGAGAACCCAUCGAACUGCAUCGAAAACGUCGAAAAACCCGUCGAAAGCCUAUUCGCAAUGGGCGUCAACGACCUGCAGGCCUUCUUGGAGGGCCCCGGCUUAGAAGGGGGCGCAGUCUCCGUGGAUCUACUGAAAAUCGCCAAAAACGUAACUCAAAGGCAACAGCCGCACAACACCAACCGAAAAAUCAGACCGAUCGGUAACAAAUUGAAGCUCAUCGUCGAUGCCGAAAACUGCUUAGAUCGGCUAUACGGUGGCUACUUUUCCGACUGGGCGUGCGGAGGCCAAUGGAACCGUAUGGUGCAGUUUCUGUCCCUGCUAACGCAGGCCAUCGAACGGGGCAACAUCGAACUGGCGGUCGUUUUCAACGGCACCAUCGAGCAAUGCAGGAUAAACGAGUGGAUAGCCGAGCAGGCGAACGUGCGCCAACGGGUCGGCAUGGUGCUGAAGCACAUCAACACCAAGGGUACGCCGCCCCCGAAGAUCUGGUGGACGCCGCCGACUUGCCUGCGAUCGGCCCUGCGAAUGGCCCUCAGACAUUUAGGGGUUACCGUGAUGUGCACCAUGGACGAUCACCAUCAAGAGGUAAUCGCUUAUUGUCGAGAGUACGGUUUCCACGGUUUGUUGGCCGAUGAUGCCGAAUACGCUGCGUUCGAUCCGCCUCGUUAUUUCUCAUCGGAGAAUUUGAAACUCACUUAUAAGGGUUCCAUAGAGACUAAGGAGUACAUGAUAAGCGAGUUGACUAAAACGUUGAAAAUCACCCAAGAACAGGUUUGCAUCAUGGCCGCUCUGUUGGGGAACUUCCUGUUGCCCGAAAGCGAACUGCAGGAUCUCUAUAAAAAGUUGAAUCUUACUAAAGUCAAUCCCGACACUGGCGUCGAAAAUAAUAUAAAAAAAUUGUCGGAAUUCGUCAGCACCCUCCCGUCUCCAUCGAACAUGGACGCUCUAGUGACGGCUGUAUUCGGUUCGUUGGAGGACAAGAGAUCUUCGAAAUUCAGACAGUCUGUGCAAUAUUACCUAAACGGUACAGCUAGCGGUUUUCUGAAAUACUGCACACCGCCCGCGAAAUCCAAGCCCAAGAAAAACUUCACCAACUCCGACAAUCUAUCGAACCACGCUAAAACCGAAGACCACGACUUGGACACCUCCGGUUUCGCCUCGGAAACCACCGAACAAGAACAAGAAAGCCUCCACAACUACAAACAAGCCACCGCGCACUGCGUCAUAGCCGAAUUCGACGGCCUCGACGGAAUGAACGGCUUGAAAGAUACGAACAACAAAGAGGAGAAAUGUGAGAAUAACAUCGCUAGUACGGUACGUAAAUUAAUUGCGAUGGAAUCAGUUUCAGACGAUUCGCCGUUAUCGUCGGAUCCGUCGAGAUUCAACGGGGUUUCCAACGGCUCGGUGAACUCCAACAAACCGACGGCCAGCACUUCGAGUAGCAGAGUUAACAUACUUAUGGGUAACGCGAAUGCCUCUAACAACGUCCAAGCGUCGCCUAAAAUUGCUAAAACAAACAAAUCGACAAUCAGUUCGAAUUCGAUAGCGCCUUCGGUGUCUCCGGACGUGCUGCGUACGGCUUCGCUUCGCCACCAAAAAGGCCUGAUGGCUCCGCUCAUCCUGCACGUAUUGAGUACUCAAGAGAUCCGUUUGCCCUGUCUGAUGGAAGACGAAGGCAACCGGGAAUUCCCGCCCAUACACGAUAUAUACCAACCGCUGAGGCAGCGCAUUUACGCCGUCUUGUUCAAUUUGCACCAUCUGAGAUACGUGCACGCCAAGAAAAAAGAAUCGGGCGAAUUGCCCGACAACGCCGCCCAGCCGGACGUGAUCGUCAAAGAAUGGAUCCACAGCCGCUCGAAUCCCUAUCAAUGUCCCGAAGAGGUGAAGGCCGAACCGUUGCCGUGGGCCGUCCCGACGCUCCAACGGCUGUGGUUCGGCCCGUCGGUCGACGACAAGCGUCGGCGCAUGCGCGCCCUCCUCUCCUGCUUGAACUCGGACAUGCCGCUCAUCUUGAACACGGCCUACGUGCCCCAACACAUGCUGAUCAUGGCGUGCGUGCUGCGCUACAUCAUGUCCCAGGACAAGCCGAUCAUGCGACGGCACGAAUUGGACGCCUUCCUCUGUCAGGCGUUCAAUCCGAACCUGAUGAAUCCGCAGUACCUGCAGGAACUGACGCUCAAUAUAGUGACGUCGCGCGGCGUCCAAUUGGCCGCGUUGUUCAUGAAGGGCGUCGAUAUGGCGCUGGUGGCGAACGACGCCUGCGGCGCCCCGUUGCCUUGGCUCAUGUGCUGCCCUUGGUUGUAUUUCGACGGGAAAUUGUUCCAUUACACUUUGACCAGAUCGUCGCACGCCAAGAACAUAUUGGAAGUGUGCGAGAAUUACAUCGAACGCGUGGUCAAAGUCGAACGGAUGCGGAAGGCCAUUUUGGAAGGGCUCGACGUCAAAUUCGCCAAAGUGCCGUUGCCCCCAUUCACCGGACCUCCGAUGCUCCGGUCGAUUCCGCCGCCUUGCUUUCCCGCCAUGAACAUGAACGCGAACCGCGGAGGCGGGGGCGGCGCGACGUCGCUGCGCCAGCGGCCGAUACCGUCGAGGGGCGGGCAGUUGCAGAUCGCCGGCGUCGUCGUCGGUUCGUGGGGCGCGAACUACGGAUACCAAGGUAACGUUAGACAGCAAAUGGUGCCGGCCGGUUACAAUCCGCGCGGAGGCGGCGGCGGCGGAAGGGGCGGUAGAGGAGGCGGCGGCGCCUCUGGAGGUUCAGCGCGAGGCGGUAGAGGGCAGAAUCGACGUCCGGGUAUGCCGUCGUUUCCGGUCAACGCCAGGAAGAAUCAGGCGAACAAAAAGCGUAACAUUAACAAAUCUAACAAGGGGCAAAAGCAACAGGGAGUCUCUUUAACUGUCAAAACUGACGGCGGAGACGUGCCAGUGAAUGAUGUAGCCCUGCCCGAAGACAACGCCACAGUGAUAAAAGAAGAAGACUGCGCGAAGAUCGUCGAACACAAAGGCCAAGGCGACGGGCCGUGCGAAAUCGAUCCCACGACCAACUCGCCCGAUUAGUUUGUUUUUCGUCUACCGCCGACGUUAAUUCGUUAUAUAUUUUUUUGUUUGUAUAUUUUCGCGUAUGUGCUGGACGUUCUUAGUGCAUCGACUAUUUUGUUUUGGUUUCAUUCUUUAUUAGUACGUAGGUUUAUUAUAGACUAUUGUAGACGGUUUAGUUGGUCGAUGAAGGUAGAACAAACGGAAUCGAUCGAUGGAAUUUUGGGACUUUGCGUUCGAUCGAUCUAAUAGUGAGUUGUGAUCGAAGGAAAUCUGAAAGUAAUCGAGUGUAAAUAGGAAUCGUUGUGUUGUUUAGAUCGAACGGUGCACGAAUCGAUCGUGACUCUUGGUUAGUUUGUUCCGGGCGUGUUCCGAAGACGUUUUUAUUAUUGUAAAUGAUGAUUAAAAAGCUCGGACGAACUUUCUUCUUUUUUGUAGUUGACGAACAAAUUAGCGCAAGAGAGAGAGAGAGAGAAGUUCAUUUUUACAGGGUCGGCGAUAACGAAAUUGCUGCUCGAGUUGUGUUCAAGAAGGACUGAUUGUUUUUUUUUUGUCU